CUCUGAGUCUUUUAUUUUUGUGGCCUGUCACCCAUUGUCAUUCCUGUACCAAGCAUUUGCAUACUGAGCUUCACCAAGCCUGCCCGUGCAGUUGUCUUAUGGACAGUCUUGGAGACAGAAGUGAAAUCACCCAGCAGAAAGCAACAGUCACAGUGUGUACAUGUCUGAAAAUGGUUUAUGGAUAACUGAGACUCAGUGUCGCUGCCUCGGUGACUGAAAAGACCAUGGCCAUGGCUCUGUGUGAGUACUGUGCUCUGCCUGCGCUAGACGGCUGUCCCCUCAAGAGGUGCGGUCUGUGCAAAGAUGUUUUCUACUGCAGCAAAAGUCACCAGGAACUGCAUUGGCCGGAACAUAAAGACCUAUGCCGAGCUGCAAGAGCCAUCCACCUGGAAAUGACUGAAGAGAUCAUUCAGCACUUGUUUCAAGAGAGUACAACAGAGUGUGACAUUGAAGACUUAUCUUCAACACCCGUUGACAUUGGAGAAGAGAAUAAACCACCAGAGGGGACUACGUCUGACCAACUUGAAGAUGAUGCACUAGAACUAGAAGACGUGACACAUCUGUUCUUUGGGGAAACAAACGAAGAACCUGAACUGGAAGACAUGACACAUCUGUUCUUUGGGGAAACAAACAAAGAACCUGAACUGGAAGACAUGACACAUCAGUUCUUUGGGGAAUCAAAUGAAGAACCUCAACAGGAAGGAGCAAGGCGUCGUAUCUUGGGAAAGAUUGCAACAGAGAGGACUUCAGCAGAAUCCAUCCAUGCCAUACUAUCAGCAGACUGCUGCACAAAGAAGUGCCUGAGGCAUUUCACAUACGGGGAGGCUGAAGCUCGUCGUAAGGCCUUUUGGAUUGACUGCUCUCAGUCAGAAGCAAGGGACUACAUCCUCACAAGCUUCAGAAUGGGCGACGCUGGUGCAAGCCAUCCUAAAUUCCACAUCAGUGGAAAAGCUGUAUGCCACAAGGCUUGGAUAAAGCUCAAUGGUAUCAGUACUUCAAGGUACUACAGCUACCUUCAGCAGUACAAGUGUGGCCAAAUCCAAAACACAGAACACGGCCGUCAAGGCAACGACUACCCCACAGAGAGAAGCCUUUGUGCACAAGUGUGGCUGGAAGGGUUGGCAGCAAAGGACGGAGAUAAGAUGCCGAAUUCUGAACAGAUUCUCCUCCCCGCAUCCUGGACGAUGAAUGAUGUCUAUCUCUUCUAUCAAGAGGAGAACAAGGAUGACCCAGUCAAACCACUGAAAAGAACACAGUUCUUCAAAGUGUGGCGAACACAGUGCAAACACAUAAGAAUUCCGAAGUUCAGCAGAUUCGCAAAAUGCACGAUGUGUGACAACAUCAAGAAAGCUCUGCUCGAGGCCAGAAAUAAGAAAGACAGAGAAGAUGUCCGCAAUGCAAGGUCUCACCACAUUCUUCUCCAAAAGCUUCAGAGGAUGAAAUACUACAAACACUCACGGAAGGCUAGGAGAAACCCUGAGCAGUACAUGUCAGUCAUUAUAGAUGGCAUGGACCAAGAGGCAACAUUGCUGCCCCAUUAUGCACAGACUACAAAGGAUGACCAUGGCUUAUGGCGACUGAAGACCCAAGUCACUGGUGCACUGUCACAUGGAGAAAGGAAGUGUUAUGCAAGGGUCGAUCAUAUGCAGUAUCCCCAUGAUACGAACCUUACCCUAAACUUCCUAACAGACAUUCUCGUCCAGGCUGCAGAGGAAAAGGAAGGGCAUCUACCUCCCGUGCUUUAUAUCCAGAUGGAUAAUAAAGCUGGUGAGUGCAAAAACCGGUGGAUACUUGCCUACUGCUGUGCACUGGUGCACCUCGACAUCGUGAAGAAGGUAAAAGUGUCAUACCUCAUGGUUGGUCAUACCCACGAGGAUAUUGACCAACUAUUCAGUAAGAUACAAUCGCUGCUGAGGAGGAAGUCUGCAACCACAAUGGAUGCACUGCUACAAGUGAUAGAGGAGAGUUACACUCCCAAGCCCAAAGCGACAACAAUACAUGCCAACAGCAUGUUUGACAUCAAAGACUGGCUGGACCAAGAGAUGUCUGACAUGGACCACCACAACCUCCCCCAUGCUUUCAAAGUGCAGAAAGAGAAUGGGGAGGUCUGUAUGUACUACAAAAUGUGGUCGUCAGACAAAUCUUGGUCCCUGCCAACACCAAAGCCAGGAGUGAGUCAUCAGGCACCCUUAAACCACGUGCCAAUUGGCCAGCCAAAACUGCAGAAGCCAAAUCCAUAUGUCCACCAAAGGAAGCUGUCUGCUACAGUAAAAAAGCUGUCAGAUGUCAGCAAGUUGUCCGCGGAAGAAACAGCUUGGUGGGCAAGCUUCAUCGCCGACAUCUCAAAGCCAAGGGCCCCAGAAGAGAGAGGAGACUGGGGACUUCUCCAGCUGGGAAGACACUCUAAUGCAACACAUGGAGAUGAAGACGACAUGGAGCUGCUACCACUACAGUUCACCAUCAAUCAGAUGAUGGAAAAGCAUUACCAGCAACCAGAGGUCUUCAUUGGCUCCAAAGCAUCCUACUUAAAGAGGAAGAUGGCACUGGAGAGAAGUGCUGCCAAGAAGAAACAGAAAGACGGCACCCAGUCUGAAGCCCCAGGAACCACAGCUGCUGCUGGGAAGGGACGAGGGACAGCUGCUGCUGGGAAGGGACGAGGGACAGCUGCUGCUGGGAAGGGACGAGGGACAGCUGCUGCUGGGAAGGGACGAGGGACAGCUGCUGCUGGGAAGGGACGUGGCAGAACGACACCUGCUCCUGGGAAAGGCCGUGGGAGAGGGAGAACCACUGGCAAAAAUUAAGCAUUAACGGGGGAUGCCCUUACAUCAAAUGCUUUUUUACGCAUUUGAACUCCAUGGCACUCCAUCCCUAGUUGUAAGAGAGUGGUCAGAUUUUGAUAUAUGGAUUUUGGAAACAUUCAUGUAAGAUGUUCAAGAGACAAUGUGAGAUGUUUUCAUGAAUGUACCUUCAUGAAUAUGGUAUGCUAGACAAUGUGUCCUAACUUUGCAUGCUUUUGUAGUUUUGCUGUCUUCAGAACUCGGUGAUGAAUUCAAUUAAAUGGAAAUGAUAACUUAAUUUUGUGAUAUUUCAGCUUUUGUUUGAUGGUAAAAUUGUGAUUCUGUAUACUUCUCGUCUCAAGAGAGGAGCGUAGUAUCAAACACAAUCAGUUCAAGACUUGUUUAAAGUUACCUUAAAGUAGUACUCGAGUGUGAGUUUUUGAUUUCAUAUUAUAUAGUUGUGACGUGAGUAGACGCAUUCAAAUCUACCACUCUAAAGCAGGCAAAUGAUGCAGUGACACAAGUUUUCAGAGUAAAAUACUCUGUGAUAUCAACCUCCUUGAUCUAGACCAAUAGACUAAGUGCAAAAAAUUUGGUGUUUUGUAGAAAUAUUGGAAAAGCAGUUGCAGACAACGACUUAGAAUAUCUAUUGAAAUGGCUGCUGGACUGGAUACCACUGCAAAUAAAAAUGUUUUUAUUCAACUACCUGACUUAUUCUCCUUGCCAAGACUGAUAG